GAUUGGCCUGUCACAGCGCAGUCACACGCCACGUGAGAACGGAUCACGGACCUCUGCAUUGUUCCAGAUGGGGGAGGCCUCACGGUUGACUUGAGGCCCACAAAAUGCAAGCUGAGCCUUUGGUCCGGCCUCGUCUCCUUGACUAACCGGUUUCAUGUUUUCGGACAUGAUAUAUAUGCACGCCUCAGAGCUCCUGCUAUCAUCCUCGACCGCGUAUAAGCAGCCAUCUCCGACGCACAACAAUGACAAGACACCAUACGAAUAACACGGCUUCCGGCAUUGCAUCCUCUACCAGGCCAAAGGCCAGACAGGAAAUGAAGUUCGUCAACCUGGGAAACAUGCCGCGAGAUCCGCCCAACUCAAAGGAGAGGAUUCGUAUGGCGCAGAAGAGAAAGCAGAUCCUCGCCGCUGGCGAGGGCUACAUCUUCGUAGGGAAUCUUCAUCCGCUCACCCGGGAGUCUGAGCUGAAGGAUCUCUUCAGGCCGUACGGCUCUCUCAAGGAAAUUUCCAUACGUGUGGCGCGUGGUGACACCGCCAAUUACGAUGUAGUUGCGAGGGGUGUCGCAACACAGAACACACUCGUCUAUGCUGCUAUCACCUAUCGCAGUCUUGUCUAUGCGCGCAAGGCACUGGUGAUGAAUGGCCUUAAGCACCGCGGAAUGCCGAUGGUGGUGACCAGACAUGCUUCAGAGCUCCCAGAGCUCCGGGAGGUCGCCGAGCAGGAGAAGGCGCGAAUCAAAGCGGCGUACGAGAAACCGUCGGCCAUCAAGAGAGCAUGGCACUCGCUUAAGCGGCUUACGGCCGAAAGAACGGUGAUUAUCCCAGAGAACGGUACUAUGCCUCCCAAGGGGCGGCUCCCGCCUGGUGCUGAGGGUCUGCAGAUGCCAGGAGAUUUCCAUGGGUCGAUGACCCCAUCCGUUGAACCUGGCCCUAGUCGACCUCGCACCGAGCCUCUGAGACGGACAGACGGAGUGUACUUGUAGCCUUUACUUCGUCCUGCCCCGCAUGCCAUAGCUCAACAACCUUCCCUAUCGUAUCCUUUAGAUUAAGAUAUACAUACGUGGCCUGGUGCGGAACUAGUUUGUUGCAGUUUAUUUGCCGUCGGGGAAUGAUCAUUUCGUCGUGAUUGAUAAACCGGGGCACACGCGCC